GUUUUUAGUCAGUUGUCGAAGUUUGUAUUCAUCAAAAGUUUCGCGGAUACUACAGUUGUACAGUUACAUAUAUAUAUAUAAAAAAAAGAACAACAAGGUACAUACAUAUCGAUUCAUAUUAAUGGAUACUAAAAAUCCCUACAGACCUGUUGAAAAUAAACUACAAAACGUUCAACAGCAACAGCAUAUAGACAUGGAACAAGUCAAUAACGGUCCACCACCAAUGUAUAAUAAUAAUUUUGCCCAACCGUCGGCAAGUGCUCCAGCUGCUGGUCCUCCUAGUACUGCAACUACGGUUCAGAUUAUGGCAAAUCAACCAAUGUUUCCCCAACCCGUAGGACCAAAAUCCAUGCAAAUGACUUGUCCCAGUUGUCGUUGUCGCAUUGAAACAGAAGUACGUCAUCGUUCUACAUCUAAAACCCAUUUUGCAUGCCUAUUGCUUUCCUGGACUAUCUGCUGUUGUUGUAUACCAUAUUGCAUGGAUUCUUGCCGCAAUGCAAAUCAUUUCUGUCCCAUGUGUGGAGCAUACAUUGGAACUUAUGCCUCAUAAAGAGAACAAUAUUUAAACAUAUAUACAUAUUCAUAUGUAUACAUAUACAUUCAUACAUAUAUACAUAUAUUCGAUUUAUAAUAUUAUUAUAAAAAACUUCUAUAUUUUGUUUACAAUACAGUUGUAAA